AUGAGAGGAGCAUCUCUCCGGGACCGGGACACAGCACCAACCCGGGGCACCGGGAGACAGCACCAACGGGAACGGGAAAAGCAGCUUCACAAAACAGGAGCAUCUCCCGCUGUCCACAUUCCGGGUGGUUCCGAAUCGCCUUGCAGUGGCAGAGGAGCGACCGGCAUCGGGAGACCGUCUGUGCGAUGCCCAGAUAAAGAUCCGUCUUUAGUACCCUGGAACCCAGGACAUGAUGAGAGGCACAAAGUUCAAAUUGGACGUGGGACGUUCCUUAAACUGGAAUCUUCAGCGACUGUACAUUCCAUCAUCAUUGAGGAUGGGGGCAAACUGGUGUUCAGCGACACGCCGAGGGUACCCAUCACUCUGAGAGCCCGCUAUAUUGUGAUCAGGAACGGCGGGGAGCUGCACAUUGGAGCGGAUAAGUGUCCCUAUACUUCCAGGGCCACCAUCUCUCUGGUCGGCAGAUCAACAGAGGGUCCACAGGUGGAGCAAUUCGGCAAGAAGUUUAUCGGUGUGGACAGAGGAGGGGUCUUGGAGCUGCACGGCAGGAGGAGCUUGUCCUGGACGCUGCUGAGCCGCACUCUGUACCCGGGCGGUUUGCAGUAUGGAGCCUAUCGCUACGACAGGCGCCGGGGCAGCAGGGGCUUCAAUGUCCGGGUAAUAGACCCCGGCACCGCCAGGCUGCUGCGGGCCGACCGUUUCGACACCCACCUGUGGGCGAACGAGAGCCGCCGGCUGCAGGAAUUUCUGCGCUCCCAGCCCAGGGGGCGGAUCGUGGCGGUAGCGGUGGGCGAUUCGGCAGCUCGGAGCCUGAGCGUGUCCGCCAGGAACGAUCUCCAAGAGCUGCUGGGCAGUGAACAAGCCAGGCAUCUGGGAUAUAGGCAGCCUUGGGCUAUCGUUGGAGUUAUUCGUGCAUCCGAAUCAUUCGUCGUGGAAGAUAGACGAUUAUAUCAGCCUAAUGGAUCCACUGGUAUGGCCAUAGCAAGGAGAGACUUUCAGACAUAUGAUGGGACUCCUUUUACAGUUACUGCCUUCAGUGAGUGGGUUCACGGUGUACCUCAUUGUGGCUUUCGUGUGGAGGUGUCGAAGGGUGUAGUUCUUAAUUUAAUGGAUGAUACCUCAAGCUGGUUGCCUGGUGAUCAGAUAGUCAUUGCCAGCACUGACUAUUCUAUGUAUCAGGCUGAAAACUUUAACCUUCUUCCCUGCCCUGAAUGCAAAGUUAAUCAGGUUAAAAUUGAUGGUAAACCCCGUUAUCUUCAUAUGGGUGAAGUUAUUGACGGAAUAGAUAUGCGAGCUGAAGUUGGACUUCUAAGUAGAAAUAUCCUUAUAAAAGGAGAAAUGGAGGACUCUUGUUAUGGGCAAAACUUCUGCCACUUUUUCAGUCAUGAUACGUUUGGUGGACAAAUAAGGAUCCUACGAAACUUUGCCUCCGUUCACUUGUCUGGUGUGGAGUUAACAAACAUGGGCCAGCAGAUUCUUGGCAGUUAUCCAGUCCACUUCCACCUGGCUGGAGAUGUGGACCAGAAGGGUGGGUACAAUCCACCAACCUACGUGGACAAUGUAGCCAUUCAUCACUGUUUCUCCAGAUGCGUUGCUAUACAUGGAACGAAUGGCCUGUUGGUAAAAGACACUAUAGGCUAUGAUACAUUGGGCCACUGUUUCUUCCUGGAGGAUGGAGUGGAACAGCGAAAUAUACUGUAUCACAACCUGGGCCUCCUUACUAAGCCAGGCACUAUCCUCCCUUCAGACCGCAAUGCGAUCAUGUGCGUCACAAUCCGCGAUCAAGUUUAUGGAAAUUACAUUCCUGUGCCAAGCACUGACUGCAUGGCUGUCACAACAUUCUGGAUUUCCAAUCCAAACAACCAUCUUAUCAACAAUGCAGCUGCUGGGGCUCAGGAUGUGGGGAUUUGGUUUAUCUUCCAUCGAGCUCCUACUGGACAAUCUGUUGGUCAAUACCCAGAGGGUCAGUCUGAAUUUACCCCACUGGGGGUAUUUUAUAACAACAGGGUGCAUUCCAAUUUCAAGGCUGGACUUUUUAUUGGCAGUGGAGUGAAGACAACUGAGUCCAAUGCCGAAGAUCCCAGGGAGGUUCUUACUGUUGACUUUGCAAGGUUUCGCCCACAUCAGAACGCUGACCCGAGAAAGCCACGGGUUCCUGCUAUUAUUGCUGGCCUCGUAUCCUUCAAAAAUAAUGACCAUGGAGCUUGGGCUAGAGGAGGAGACAUUAUAUUCCGCAACUCUGGGUUCUCUGACAAUGGAAUUGGCCUGACUCUCGCAAGUGAUGGAACUUUUCCAACUGAUGAGGGGUCCAGCUUGGAAGUGACAAAAUCGAUCUUUGUUGGUGAAAGUAUUAAUGUUGGCUGUAAUGGAGGACAGAACAGAUACUGGGGCAAGGGAGCACAUGGGGAGUACAGGACCCUACCAAGAAACAGAACUUUCCCUAUCCGUGGAUUCCAGAUCUAUGAUGGUCCGGUCAGAAUUACUCAGUGCACGUUUAAGAACUACAUGUCUGUCCAUGAGCGGUACUCCAGCGCACUUGCAUUUUUUAUGAGAAACUCCUGGCAAAUCAGCCCCCAAAACAAUGUGUCUCAAGUCAAGUUGGAGUGGAAUGUUAACCUUGAGGUAUUCUUUGGAAAACCAGGACAGUGGUUUGGAACAAACAGUCUUGAUGGUGACCAGACAUCAAUAUUCCAUGAUUUGGAUGGUUCAAUGACAGGGUAUCCUGACACGUUUGUAGCUAGGGCUGACAACUACCUGGUUCGCCAUUCAGGAUGCCUCAGUGUGCCCAGGUGGAAUGGAGUGAUCUGCAGUGGCAAGUAUGCCCAGCUGUAUGUUCAGGCCUGGCGCCCAGAGAACCUGUCUCUGCUCAUCACAAAGGAUUCAUACCCAGACCAUCCCCUGACGCUGCAGGGUGUAAAUCGAGGAGCAUCUUAUCAACAGUACCAGCCUGUCAUCAUGCUGGAACAAGCCUACACAUUACGGUGGAAUGGCCGAACGCCUGAACAGAUUGUCCUCUAUCCGAUCAACUUCAACCGAGGGAACUGGAUCCAAGUUGGCCUGUGUUAUCCGAAGAGAACAGUUUUUAAAAUCAUGUCUGAUAUAUACGAUCGAUCGAGUGGAAGAGUACACAGUGUGAAACGGUAUAAAGCAGCAUCGUCCUUCAAUAUCAUGCAGAAAAAUCCAGACAAGAGUCUGUAUUACUUUGACAGCAGUGCAGGGAUUCUUUUCCUUAUCCUUCAAGCAAAACAUGUCCGGAAAGGCCAUAGUUACUGCUCCAAACAUGGCUGUGAACGUGUGAAGAUCUUGUCGCAUGUCAUCUCCUGGGAAAGCAGUGACUGCUUACGGAAGGGCCACCCAGUCAAACACUCAGGCGAGCCAGUUCAUCUCAUCACUCUGACUGGACGGGUGGCUGCCCCUUGCAGACACUGUGGUGCCCCACAGGUUGCUAUAACAAGUGACCCGCACACAGUGUACAUCAAAAUUGAGAUACAGUCACAGAGCCCAGGAGACGUACAAAAUGGACGUAAAUUCUCUUUCAUUAAGGUGAAUGAUGAAGUCUUCCUGGCCGAGAAGGCAGGGUUGCUAUUUGUCAUGGUGGAUGCAUGUUCUGGAGACAUUUUGAGCAGGCAGUAUUUUGACACAGCCCAUACUCUGCAGGUAGCUGACUCCAUUGCUAAUUACAUCCAGGAAACCAUUCGAGAAAGAGUGCAAGACAUUCUGCUGGGACUUGGGAUUUUGAACUGAUCAAGAAAAUCAUAAGGAAACAAAAUAAGCUGUAUUUUUCAGAAAAGCAGACUCAACAAACAUCUUACAAGUAACAAAAAGACUAUCAAAACUGUUGCUGUUAACAAAACACUUGACCUCAUGGAGGUUGCAAAAAUAGAAAGUAUAAUCAUGUCAAAUGUUCGAAACCUCAAGAUUAUGAAACUGAGUU